AGGAACCUCCUCCUGCUCCCAGCCUCGAGCUGCAGUGCCCUGUUCCUCCCGACCUCCGAGAGGCUCUGCCGCUGCCGCUCUGUCCCGGUGUUUAUCCUGCACGGCCUGGCAAGCGGCCGCACGCUCCGGAUUACCACAGGACCCCCGCUUCCUAAAUACUUUUCUACUUUGACUAUUUCAAUUUCCACGGACAAAGGUUUUCUGGGUUUUGCGGAGAGGAGACUUGUGAAGCAUCUUGGAUAUGUGCUGGUGAUCUUUCUUGGUUUCUUUUUUUUUGGUUUGGUUUGGUUGCUUUUGUAGCUUCACCCUUUUCUCACUCGCCCCUCUCACCUUUGCCGGAGGGUCGGUGUGUUUGCAUGCGAUGGAUCACACGCUGUUCGGCUGCCUGCGGAGCCCCCACGCCCCGGCACAGGCCCUCCACCCCGCCUUCACCCAGUCGCCCCUGACUCUGCACGGCCGCUCGGACCACGUCUCCUACCCCGACCUGGCCUCCUCGUCCUCCUCCUCCUCCACCUCCUCACCGGCGCCCUGCAUCAUCUCCAGCUACCCGGUGGACGACGGCCUGUUCCCCGGGCAGCACCACCACCACCACCACCACCCCCACCCACACUCACACCGCGGCCACCUGCCCUCCCAUCAGCAUCACCACCAGCCUCAGCACCAUGCGUCCUGGCACAUCCCACAGAUGCCUUCACCUGGCGCCACCACGCGCCACAACCUGUGCCACCCACACUCCCUCUCGUCCCACGACAGCGGGCCCACCCCCCCGGACCUGGGCCACCCCGGUGGGCCCAGCAUGUGUGCCAGCACCCCCAGUCUGGGCAGUGGCAGCACCCCCACAGGGGCCUCCUGUGUGCCGGCAGACUUUGGCAGACAGACUCUGUCACCUGCUGAGGCCGAGAAGAGGAACAGCAAGAGGAAAAGUGACAGUUCAGAGUCCCAGGACGGGAAUUACAAGUCAGACGUGAGCAGCAAGCCCAGGAAGGAGAGGACGGCGUUCACCAAGGAGCAGAUCCGAGAGCUGGAGGCCGAGUUCGCCCACCACAACUACCUGACCCGGCUCCGGCGCUACGAGAUCGCCGUCAACCUCGACCUCACCGAGAGACAAGUGAAGGUGUGGUUCCAGAACAGGAGGAUGAAGUGGAAACGGGUGAAGGGCGGCCAGCAGGGGGCAGCAGCCCGAGAGAAAGAACUGGGGAACGUGAAAAAGGGAACUUUGCUGCCGUCCGAGUUCUCCGGCAUCGCCGCGCUCCACCACUCGACGGACUCCUUAGCCAAUGAGGACAGUCACGACAGCGACCAGAGCUCCGAGCACGCCCACUUGUGAUGCAGCCUCCCCCCCCUCUGACCCCUCCCCCUCUAACCCUACAAGUACAGGCCCCGCCCCCUGCCUCAGGACUGCUGUUUGCUGAUCGGCCAUCGUCAUACAACGAUGCUAAACAAGUGUACCGGUGGACAAAUGGAUGACAUGUGGCAUCGUGCAGGCUAGAUGUAUAUUUCAAGAGCUGAGCACGUCAAAGCAAGAUGGUGAAAUAUAAAAAAAACACAUUGGUUAUAAGUUUCCUUGAUAAGAAAUAUAAAAAAACAUGAUUUACUAUACGGGACUUUUUGGAAAACGUAUAUUUAGUCAAACUGUUGUAAACAUUCCAUGUUGCGUGCUGUCAGAGGGGCAGGCUGCACCUCCAUCAGUUCCUACUGUGUAAAAAUGUAAAGUACCAUGUGAUUGAUCAAAUCAAGUAGCGGGAGAUGAAAUUUGCCGAGCUAAUAUAAGUGAUCUGUAAAUACUUCUCAGUAUUGUCUUAUAGCCACGCAGGAAGAAACACUGACGCUUCUCUAGUCGACACGUUUCUACCUGGUGAGGACCUUUUUGUAAACAAAACCUGAAAACCUGAAAAACUUAUCAAACCUUUUCAGUGACAGCUGCAAAUUGAAUAAAAUUUAACCAGUGGAAAAUGGAAUAUUUCUUAUGAGUUUCCUUGCGUGUGCACAUCCGUGGGAAGCCGGGCUGAUGGACGUGUGUGAAAUGAAUUAAACAUCACGGCAGAAAGCCGGUGAUGGCGUCGCGUGUUAAAAUUCACCUUUGCCUCGGGGUAAGGUCACGACUCCUGCCAAGACUCGGGGAGCGAACCCGCAAAAGGAUCGUGUUCCAUUACAGAAUCCAGUGGAAGAUAAUUUCACCAGUGGAUCUCGUCUUUCACCACUUUGUGAUUGUGCGGCUUGUCUUUUUUCAUCGUUCUUUCCCCUGAAGCAAAUCCGUGGGAUGAAUGUGAUCCUUUCUUUUUCUACGUUGCAACUGUUAAAGUAUUCACAAGUGUUGAGGACACUCAGCUCUCACACUGGUUCCUGAAACACCACAGAUUAUAAACUAUAUGUUGUUAAACGCUCAUUUUCAAAUAGUAAAUCUGGCCUGAAACUGUUAAUUUGUGCGUUUUAAUUGACCUUUUUUAAAUGUCUCAUGAUUGUAUGGUCACUUAAUUGCCUGAUCAUGAGGCAUCAUCCUCUGAUGGAAAGUCACAGUCUUAUGACCGUUACCAUCGAAGCACAAAACUAAGAUUAAGUCAGGUUUUGACCUUUCAGGAUGUACGGUGGCCCUUAAAGCUCAAUUUAAGAAACCCGUGGAAAUACGCUUAAAUUCUUCUGCUCCAUUUUCAUCUCACCACGAGAUAAACAUGAGCAGUGGAGAUUGACAUCUAAAUAUUGUUGGGAAAAAAAUCAUACACAGGUUGGAUUCGAGUGUACACACUUCUGGGUUCUAUAAAUAUAAAACAAUUUAAUAAUUUCCUUUCAAAUCAAAAGAUUAUAACAAAUACCUUGGAUUUUCAUCAUAUUCUCUGUAAAAACCCUCAAGUUGUGUCUCCUCUUGGUUUGGAUAGGGAGGUUUGUGAGAAGAGGUUGUAACAUUAAUAAAAGUUCAUAUUUUGUUCA